AUGACAGACAGUAUCACAACACGCAUGAUUGGUGCACCCAAUACCUUAAAUUAUUCUCUUUAUUAUGAAAAAGAAGGUCAUCUUAUUUCACCCUUUCAUGAUAUUCCAUUGUUUGCCAAUCAAGAAAAAGACAUUUUCAACAUGAUUGUUGAGAUUCCUCGAUGGACCAAUGCUAAAAAUGAAAUCAAUAAAGAAACACCCUUGAAUCCUAUUCGGCAAGAUAUUGAAGACAACAAACCAAGAUUUGUGCCCAGUGUGUUUCCAUUGCAUGGUUAUAUCUGGAAUUAUGGUGCUUUUCCUCAAACUUGGGAAAACCCUGCUUUUAUUUCACCUCAUACGAACAAAGGAGGUGAUAAUGAUCCUAUUGAUGUGAUUGAGUUAGGUAGACGUGUGGCUACUACAGGUGAAAUCAAACAAGUCAAGAUAUUAGGUAUUCUCGGUCUAUUAGAUCAAGAAGAAACAGACUGGAAAGUAGUCGUGAUUGAUAUCAGAGAUCCAUUGGCUGAUCAACUAGAGGAUAUUGACGAUGUAGAUAAGUUUAUGCCGGGUUAUUUGCAACAGACAAACCAUUAUUUCAAGACGUAUAAACUUCCUUCAGGUGGUAAAGAAAACGACAUUGCAUUUGAUGGAAAAGCACAGAAUAAAUCAUUUGCUACUGACAUUGUAUUUGGCACACAUGAAGAAUGGAAAUUAUUAGUGAAUGGCACUACACCUAGAAAACAUAUUCAAACUAUCAAUUUGACUGUCAAAGAUUCGCCUUAUCGAGUGGAUCCUGACCAUGAUAUUGUCACUGGUGUACCAAAAGCCAAUCCUCUCCCUGCAGCACCUAUUCCUGAACAAGUCAAUACAUGGCAUUUUUAUUAA